CCCUUUCAAAAAAAAAAAAACACACUGACACACCCAACCCACAACCUAACGCUACCCAUCUUCUGCCGCCCUCACCGUCUCUCUCAGCCUCUCACCUCUCUCAUCGCCUCUCUAUCUCGCAACCUCGGCGUCUCCGCUUCUCUUCCUUAGGCGGCUCCGACUCUCUGCCUCGGCACUCUCAUCUCAUCGUCUCUCUCUAUCUCGCAGCCUCUCCGGUUCCGGUUCUCCGCCAUAGGCGUCUUCGGCUCUUUACCCUCAGCGCUUUGAAGUUUGAUGCCCAUCUCUCAUCAUACCUUUGAGGCAAUCCAUCGAACAGGUGGUGUCUUUGAACCGCUUUAUUGUAAGGUGUCAUUGGCAAGGGUAUUGCUUAAGCUGUUGAAAUCCUUAAAAGGGGUUUCUGUAACCUUUUCUGAGAUAAAAAAUCAACACAAAAAGUACACACCAGCCAUAUUAGUAAAGAAUGAAAUAUCCUUAUCAUCAUGUACCAUGGAUUUAUUUUGCAAGUGUUUACCUUUCCCAUCUCCUUGUGCGUUGGCUCCCUAAUCUCCUGAGUAGCUCCCUAAUCUCCUGAGUAUAUGCUUCACUUCCACGGGUAGUUCCAUUGGCUUCCAUGUGAUCUGUCUACGGUUGUGGAGAAGGUUCUGGACAAUCUCUUGCAGGCUCUAACUCUACGUUGCUUCCUCUCUGGAGAGGUUCUGAUAUCGGUCACCACAGGCCACAGGCCCACAGCAUUUCAGUUUUCGUCCAUGUUUUCAGGACAGAACUCCCACAGAGCAAAAACCCCGCCAUGAGAGAAUAAGAAAUGCAUUCCAGGAUAGGGUUUCUCUUGGGAUGCACCAGAAGAUCUUCGCAUUCACUUCUCUCAGCUAUUUUCUCAUACCCUGCGGCCCACGAAGUCCGAACAGUCGGUUCACAUAUCUGCCGGCGUGCUUUACUUUCUGGCGGCAAUGUGAACUUAUGCAGGUCCCAGUGGAGGGUAUUCUGGCUGGGGGAACGCCGGUUUUGUGGCUACGCCGUUGAGCAGUUUUCUGAUGACGAAUACGAAUGUGAUUACGAGUCCCAUCCGGCAUCAUCAUCAGUUGCCAACAUUGACGAGUGGAAAUGGAAACUUAGCUUACUAUCACGCAGUGAGGACCAAGAAGUUGUAUCUAGAGAUAAAAGGGAUAGAAGAGACUAUGAGCAAAUAUCUAACCUCGCCAAAAGGAUGGGCCUAUACAGUGAAAUUUAUGGGAAAGUAGUGGUUAUAAGCAAGGUUCCUCUUCCGAACUACAGACCAGAUCUUGAUGAUAAGCGGCCUCAAAGGGAGGUUGUCAUCCCACUAAGUUUGCAAAGGAGAGUGGAGGGCUUGCUUCAGGAACACCUGGACAGAAUUCAUCUCAGUUCUGAGAAGUCAGAUGGUAUGCCUAGUGAAAGUCUGGCCGCUGAUAAGGUUGAAAAUGUAACUAUGGAUGAAAAUCCAGAUUCUUUCUUAGAUGACUCUGUUAUGGAGAAGGUUCUUCAAAGGCGAAGCUUGCGAAUGCGCAAUUUGCAAAGAACUUGGCAGGAGUCACCUGAAGGCCACAAAAUGAUAGGUUUUCGGAAAUCUCUUCCAUCAUUUAAGGAAAAAGAAAGGUUGCUUCAAGCAAUUGCUUGCAAUCAGGUUGUGGUAAUUUCUGGUGAGACUGGAUGUGGUAAGACUACCCAACUCCCUCAGUACAUUUUGGAAUCUGAAAUUGAAUCUGGUCGUGGUGCAUUCUGUAGCAUAAUUUGCACGCAGCCUCGAAGAAUAUCUGCAAUGGCUGUUGCAGAAAGAGUGGCUACAGAGAGGGGUGAACCUCUUGGAGAAUCUGUUGGUUAUAAAGUGCGAUUGGAGGGGAUGAAAGGAAAAAAUACACAUCUUCUCUUUUGUACAAGUGGUAUUUUGCUACGGCGGCUAUUGAGUGAUCGCAAUCUUGAUGGUAUUACCCAUGUCUUUGUUGAUGAGAUUCAUGAGCGAGGCAUGAAUGAAGACUUCUUACUGAUUGUGCUAAAGGAUCUUCUUCCAAGACGGCGAGAUUUGAGAUUGAUUUUAAUGAGUGCUACUCUUAAUGCUGAUUUAUUUUCCGGUUAUUUUGGAGGAGCACCAACGAUUCACAUUCCAGUAAGUUUUUGUUCUGUCUUAAGUUCUUAGUUGCCAACUAUUCUU